AUGCAUACACUCUUUACUAUAUUGGCAUUGCUUAUCGCAACAACUUCCGCAGUGUCGAAACGUCAUGGGUACGGUCAUAGCCACGGUCAUGGUCACGGCCACGAGUUGCGACAGUUGUCGGCGUAUGAAACGAGCAGACACGUGGACUCGGUCGAAGAAGCUACGGCAAGAUGUCUAGGGUCGGAGAAUGAUAAGGGUUGCGAUGAGGGCAAUGAGUUGCGAUUAGAUCGAGCGUCCUAUGGCGAGAACUCUGCAAAGACGGCUCCUCUCGACAUCAAAACGAUUCCAGGACGACCCGAUGCAUAUGGACGCCCGGACGAGCGAACAGCCAUCCCCAGCGACGCGGUUCCGGAGAUUGAGAGAACAUACACCGAAUCUGGAAGCCCACUUUCAGCGGCCGAUAAGGCCGUAACAACAAAACCUACGCCUUCAAAAUUUCCGUCAGAGCCAACCCUGGAUGCAUAUUCAGUGACCAAUUUCUUUCCAUACUCUCCUUCCGGCUUCAAAAGCCCAUCGCCACAGUCCCCUCCAGAAUCAAGAAAUCUCGAAUAUCGCGCCAACGAGCUCCCAUCUCCUUACGCUACACUCCAACACCGAGCAAACGACAUCCCGUCUCCUUAUGCCACAUUGCACCAACGCGCCGAAGAGCCGACGCCUUAUCGUAUGCUGCCACGAAGUGCAAAUGGUACACUACCAUCUCCUUCGACACCUACCCAACAGAAUUCGAACGCAACAACACCAGCUCUUGCGCCCACACAGCAGAACAAGAAUGGUACUGCAUCCGCUUCGCGUACCUCGACGUUACAAGAUCCGCAGAACACGGAUGAGGCAGCACCGACUCAUGGAGAUCUUUUCCAGAAACCCAAUGCGGCUUCAGGCAUGAGAGCAGCUGGGUGGGGAAUAGCCGGUACUGCUUUGAUUGCGGCGGGGUUUGCCUUCUAGCAGAGUUAUGUAUUGGUUUGCAGGCUAGUUUGGCUGACAUUGAUAUAAGUUCCGCAGUUGAUAGUGCAUUAGCAUGUCGAUACGACCAUUAUCC